CAGGAGAUGACCAGAGGCUGCGGACAUACUACAGGAGAUGACCAGAGGCUGCGGACAUACUACAGGAGAUGACCAGAGGCUGCGGACAUACUACAGGAGAUGACCAGAGGCUGCGGACAUACUACAGGAGAUGACCAGAGGCUGCGGACAUACUACAGGAGAUGACCAGAGGCUGGGGACACAGUACAGGAGAUGACCAGAGGCUGCGGACACAGUACAGGAGAUGACCCGGAGGCUGCGGACACAGUACAGGAGAUGACCGGAGGCUGCGGACACAGUACAGGAGACGACCGGAGGCUGCGGACACAGUACAGGAGACGACCGGAGGCUGCGGACACAGUACAGGAGUUGACCGGAGGCUGCGGACACAGUACAGGAGAUGACCGGAGGCUGCGGACACAGUACAGGAGGUGACCGGAGGCUGCAGACACAGUACAGGAGGUGACCGGAGACGGAGACUGCGGACACAGUACAGGAGAUGACCGGAGACUGCGGAACACCAGAAUUGGCAGUGGCAAGAUAGACUACAUGGGGAGCAGUGG